AACAACAACAGAUAUCAACAAUCCACAUAAAUAUAAAAGUUCUCUUCUCCUUCCCCAAUUCAAACACAUUUUNUAAAAAAAAAAAAAAUGAAACCCGGAUUGGACUUAGACCCAACACUUUCCCUCCUAACCCUGACAGUCCUAAUAAUCCUAUCGCUCAGUAAAAUCCCAAACACCAUCUCCCAAAACGACCAGCCUUACCAAACUUGCCGCCGGACGUUCGACUGUGGGGACGUGACGGAGAUAAACUACCCAUUCUGGGGCGGCGACCGCCCCGAUUACUGCGGCCAUCCGGGCUUCGGCCUCACCUGCCUCGACAACACCCUACACAUAAACAUCUCGUCCGCUCCCUACCGAGUCCUCGAAAUUCAAAACAGCACCCAAACGCUGAGGAUUGCUCGAGACGAUUUACGGAGCACCUUGUGCCCGCAAACCCCUCGCAACACGACCCUCGAUUUUUCCCUUUUCGAAUUCUUCCCCGAUUACGGCGACCAGAACGUGACCCUGUACUACGGCUGCGGCUCCCCACUGCCACUGGAGCCGCAGAUCCCCAAUCGGUUCAAUUGCGGCGCCGGCGCGUGGGGAUACUACCUGACUAGGAGGAUGACGGAGCAGUUGAGGAACGUCACCCUCACGUGCGGCGUGAAUAUCGUGGUGCCGGUGAGCGAGCGGGCUGAGCGGGAUCUGGAGGAUCUGGCGGAGGGUUCAUUGGAGCGAGCGAUCGAGGACGGGUUCUGGAUCCGGUGGCGGGCGGAUUACGAUAGGUGUGAGGGUUGUGUCGGGUCGGGCGGGUCGUGCGGUCGGGAUCUGGGUUCCGGGUCGUUCGCUUGUUACUGCAGGGAGGGAACUCACGAUUCCACCUGCAACGGCACGCGGAGUGAGGACGUUCCAACUUGUGUCCUCAAUUUUCUCCGCCCGCCGUCCCGAACGGCUCCCUUUACUUUUCUCUACCGCUGCAGCGCGUUGGUCCUGCCGUACUGUCAUUUCAUAUUUCCUUCCAGCCUUUUGCGCUACAUUGACUCGUAUUACCUGAUUGGGGCGUUUACCCGGAGACCUUAUUUUCCAGGCCUCCCAAUAGGCGGUGCCGUACUUGCUGGUAUUGGCGUGGGAUUGUUAAUUUUCUACCUUAGGCAGCGAAAGAAGCAGCAUGUCGAGCGUCUCGGCUCUCAAUCGAACCCAACUUCGAGCAAGGAAAUCAGCACUCCCUCGAGCAAGCCUCUGUCUACUCAUCCAUCUACCAGUUUCAGUAAAAGUGCCCUUUCUUUCACGACGACAUCAAAUUCCGACCUAGAGUGGGGCAGCACGUACUAUGGCGUCCAGGUGUUUGAUUACGCCGAGCUCGAAGAGGCUACCGACAAUUUCCAUUCUUCUAGAGUCCUCGGCGAUGGUGGCUUCGGCACCCGCGUGGAGCAGUUCAUGAACGAGGUCAAGAUCCUGACAGGCCUCCGCCACAAAAACCUCGUCUCCCUCUACGGCUGCACCUCCCACCGCAGCCGCCAGCUCCUCCUCGUCUACGAGUUCGUCCCCAACGGCACAGUCGCCGACCACCUCCACGGCCACCGUGCCUCGACUCCCGUCCCUUUGCCCGUCCGCCUCGACAUCGCUGUCGAGACGGCCGAGGCCCUCGACUACCUCCACAAAUCCGACAUCAUCCACCGCGACGUGAAAACCAACAACAUCCUCCUCGACUCGGAUUUCCACGUGAAAGUGGCCGAUUUCGGCCUCUCCCGUCUCUUCCCGACCGACGUCACACAUGUCUCCACGGCCCCACAAGGAACUCCGGGAUACGUUGACCCUGAGUACUAUCAGUGCUACCAGCUAACAGAAAAGAGUGACGUGUAUAGUUUCGGUGUGGUUCUGGUCGAGCUCUUGUCAUCGCUUACGGCAGUGGACACCAACAGGCACCGUCAGGAUAUUAACCUGGCGAGCAUGGCGGUGAACAAGAUUCAGAACCGGGCUUUGGAUGAGCUGGUGGACGAGAGGCUCGGGUUUGGGACGGAUGGUGGGGUGAGGAGGGUUGUGACGUUGGUGGCUGAGCUGGCGUUUAGGUGCUUGCAGCAAGAGAGGGAGAUGAGGCCGUCGAUGGGGGAGGUGUUGGCGGGGUUGAGGAGGGUUCGGGAUGAGGGUUUGGGGGGUGGUGGUGGUGGUGAUGACGUGGAGGUUGUGGACUUGCCGUUGAGGGAGCCGCCGUCGCCGGAGAGUGGGUCGGGGCAGAAUUCAAGUGGGUGA